UAACUUACAAAUACACUCAGUUAAGUUAAGGGUUGAAUUGAAAGGCAGUUUGAAUAUCGACUGAUUCCUCUGGUGCGUCGUGUGCUUGUGUCUCGAUGUUCUUACAGUUCAUGUCCUGCCAGACAAACCCAUGUCCAGGAAACAGACGGAGCUGAUUGAAGAGAAUUCUGACUUCAUCGAGGCCUUCCACAAAGCACGUCUGGAACCCACCAAGAAGUAUUCAAUGCCAGUGACGGAGAGUCAGGAGAUAGGAUGGGUGUCAGAUCCACUGAUUCCAUCCAGCUGCCAAGACGAGAGAUUCAACUUCCACCGAGUGAGCACCGACGUCACCAUACACACAGAACGUGCCCUGAAGAAAUCUAAUUAAACCAUCGACUACCAGACGGAGAUCUUCAUGACGUGAACACGUUCACAUGUAUUCAUUUACAACACAAACAUGGAGGUGGCAGCAGUUUACAUUUCAACACCAGCACAGGUCUACACAAAGCUAACUCAGCCACAUGCUUCUCAUAUUAAUGAAUGGGAAAGGGCAACGCUGACGGCUGCUCAAUAUUAUAAAAUGUCAAGUCACAUGAGGGAGAACCGUUGAGUUGAGUUCGAGAUAAACAAAACCCACCAGACAACGUAGAGUAACGACUGGUGAAAUACUGAGGUGCAACCAGAGUGAAGCAGUUUUCAGACACAACUCUAGAUAAACAUCCAGAUAGUAUUUUCAGAAGCUGUUCAGGAGUCUGAGUCAGACGUGUUCCCGACAGGAGAUACAAUGUUGAUGUUGUGAUUACGACCCUGGUUGAAAUCUGUGUGUAUUUGUGAUCCUGAGAUAUUUG